AUGCCAAGGUUGCCCAUCCUGCACUCACGUUGCUUUCGGCUGGAAGAGAAAUUGCCACUUCCAUUUUUUUCUUUCCUUACCCGCGGGAUUGUAGCAGCAAUGGAAAGAAGGCGUCGUUCCAUCACACUGUGCGGUCUCUUGUCCUUUCCUCUCUUCUGGCCUCAGUGCUUUCUGAUCGAUAGCUUGGCCACCAGCCAGUGCAAAGUACUGCAGGAGAGGGAAAGUGGCUCCACAGUGUGCUUAGUUGGCUGCAUGCACUUCAAUCCUUUCUCCACUUUCUCAGCUCGACGAGUUGCGCAGACCUUGGCAGAGAAUCAGACUUUGAAGGCGGUUGUUCUGGAGAUGUUCGAUCACCGUUGGCACAGAAUGCUCGAGCUGCACUCCGAUGGUGAAAUGCGGCUGAUUUUCGACAACGAGAUGCAAGCUGUGGCUGAGAUUGCCAAUGCCUCCGGUGUCCCGAUUGCAUUUGCCGAUUUGUCAGAUGAAGAGCUAGACAUGGUAUUCGACCGAGUCAUCAAUGAGACCUUGGCAGAUGUGCAAGAACCAUUCAGUGGUUGGAUGCGAAUUUGGAAAGAUCUGACCGAAAGUAUCUCAAUGUUCCUGGGAGAUGGUAACGGAUCCAGCUCCGAAUCGACUGUUCUAUAUCACUUUCUUUCCUCACUGUGUGUGCUGCUGACGACCCCCAUUGCUCUGCUGCGAAAUGUUCUGGUGCUCAUCAUGGAAGCGCCGUUUUCGAACACCGCCUGGCUGCUGCUGAUCUUCAUUGCCAUCCCUGCCUUUCUCCUAACCCAGACGGACGUUGGUACUGCUGGUGCCACGUCCAGUUCUGGUGCGGAUGGACUCCUAAACUUGGCCAGUCUUCUACUGACGCUCCCGAUGUUGGCCCUCUGGCGAAUCUUGCUGCGUGCCAUCAUCAGAGAACGCGACUCUCACAUUGCGGAAAAGAUCCGGCAAUCCUGUGAUGCUCACGAGACAGUUUUGGUGGUGUUGGGAAGUUUGCACGUGCCUGGUGUAAGCCGCAACUUGCGAUAG